AUGUACACUAUAAUAGCUAAUCGAGCAAUUCUGAGUAAAAUUGCAGCUAGUGGUUGUAUGUUACUCGGUGUAUGUGCUUUUGCUUCACUUAUUAUUGCGCUUAUCAUGUGUUUUCUAACUAUUGAUUAUGUAAGCUCACAUUUCUUGAACUAUAUGAAUCAUUACCAAAAUAGUUCAAAAGCGCGAAAUAUCAUCGACAAUAUUCAAACAGAAUAUGUUUGUUGUGGUGAUAAUAUAUGGCUUGAUUGGACCAGAGUACCGUUAGUUGAAACAUCGUCUAACAUAAAAGAUAAAGAAACGAUAAACACAAGCAUAUUGUUUACCACAUUGUCUGAUACGAGUACGACAAAGAUAACUGAAUCAACUGGUAACACAGGAUUAGAAACCAGCACAAGUUCUGCUGUUGAAACAGGUAUAGAUCUGGAAUCAAAUUCGGUCGAAGGCUCACAAACAAACAUGAAUACAGAACCGGUUGGUGAUUCGGAAUCUGUACCAGACGUAGAACGAGAUCCAAAUUUAGGAAUAGAAGUGAAACCAGACUCAGAUGCAAUUGUAAAAAGAAUCGCGAACAUUAGGCCAUUGCCUCAUAAGCAUCCUCGGUCAAUCGACCCGAUCUUUGAUAUCAAUCCAUUCAAAUUUGAUACGUCAAAUUUUCUGAAACAAACCAUUCGACGAAAACGACAAAUAGAAUCAAACAAUGGUAAUAUACAUACUUUAUCAUCAUCUAAUGGUAUUAAAUUACCUCAGUCUUGCUGUACAAGUGAUGUACUAACAGUAUUCAAUUCAUAUUGUGUAUCGAAUCAUAAUAAUGUGCCAAACAAUCUGCAUAGAGAUGGUUGCUUGAACAAACUUAGCAAAGUUGCUGUUAGUCAAACACUCGCUAUUGGUAUUAUCGAUGGUUUUCUUCUUACUUUUGCAUUAGUUGCUAUUCCAAUACUCAUUAAAAUAUAUCCUUGUUAUACAAAUCAAUUUAGUACCUAUAGAAGUAAUUCAUCAAGUAGUCUAGAAUCACAACUUGAUGAUGAUGGAGAAAAUAAUGUAGUAAACAAGAAACCAAAUAUUUCAAUUAUUAACCGAAAUUCUGAUUAUUCAAUAUAUCAAUAA